UAUAUUACGCAUUAAAUUCCUUCAAUAUCGACAGAAAUUCGAAUAUCUAAAAAGUGUCAAAUUUUGACUAUUCAAGCAACUAAUUUUUCCAAAAACCAAUUUUUUUUAAUUUUUUACAUGUGUCUUUAAUAAUUGUGGCUAUUAAUAUGAAUUUAAUCACAUGACUUGUAUGCUGAUUUCUCGCGAUUCAAUGGAAAAAAAUGGUGCCGUCAGUAGAUUUCACUUCCGCGGACAAAAAAUAUCAAAUAAAACGAGCAAGAAACUAUAUAAAGAAAGAGAUACGAAACAAUUUAGCACCGAAAUCUAAAAGAUGAUGAAUUUUGAUAUAAAACAGAUCCGUUUGACAGGUAAUGCCUAUUUUUUCAUAGAUUAUUGUCGCUGUGAUACUGCAGUCUUUUGUUUUGCAGAUAUCUUGUUUGUUUUGAGAAGAACGAAACGAGACGAGAGGCACAACAACGUUCGAAACAUUCUCGAUUCGCCGUUCGCACACAACCGCCUAACAAUGACGACGAAGAUAUUCGAGGACUGCGUAUUGCAGUCGAUGCGAUUUCCGCAGAAACUUUGGCAAAUAGUGAACGCGUGCAAGACAGGGGCGAUUCAAUGGGGCGUGAACGGCAACACCAUACUGCUCGAUUACAAGAGAUUCCAAGCGGAAUACUUAGACGCCCGUCUGCCCAUCUUUAAGACGAACAACAUUACGAGUUUUAUCAGACAACUGAACCUCUACGGUUUCCGCAAGGUAACGUUCCACGAUCGCGAAUCCUACCAUCCGGAUGUGCAUGAGUUCGUACAUGACAACUUUCGCGCGGAUCGGAUAGAUCUGUUGUCCAAGGUGUGCCGGAAGACUUGUACAAAGGGCAAAUAUUUACAUGAUGUUGUGAAAAGUACGGAAGACAGUCCACGAAAAGAGGUGAACUCCGCAUCGCGUUUAAAAUUGUGUCAGCUGGCUUUGACAAAAACUUUGGAACAAAUUACUGAGGAAUAUCGACGAAAAAUUGAUGAAAAAAGACCAUUAUUAACCCAGGAUGCUACUCUAAAAAGAAUAAAAACCUCUCAAGACACAGUUCCUGUCUUGUACAAGAUUGAAUUCAACAGUGUUCUAAACAGAAAACCUGCCAUAAAGCGUGUUGCAAAAUAUUCAGCGUUUCUUCCCUCCAAAUCUAUUGAUACAUUUGAUAAGAAAGAAAUCCCAUCCUCUUGGUAUAUCCAUGCAAUGGAUAAAAAUAGCAUAUGUUUCAAAAUUUAAAACAUUCAUUAAAAUCAAACUUCAUUAAGUUCUUUCAAACAUUAUUUACAGUAUAAAAGUAUAUUACAAUCUUAAUGUGAUAUUUUAUCUAUCAAACUAUAAAUUACGUUACAUUAAUAUAAUAAUAAUGACUAUAAAAUUGUCAAUAUAAUUUAAAAAAAUAAUUGCUAAGAUUAUUAUAACUUGUAAGACAUAUAGAACAGUAAGGCUUAAUUUAUUAAUGUAGUGUAA